AUGGCACGGUUGGUCGCUGCGCUUGAGUCCUCGAACUUGGCAUCUGCACCUCCGCCAGCGUUCACUACAAAGACUAUAAUUUCGAGCCACCUCUCUCAAUCACAAUCCGGCCCUGGGACACCACAGACGCCACAGUCGAAUAGCGGUGGUCUACUUGCUACGACGUACAAGAUACCCGUACGGCGGGAGGUGCAGUACCUCGGCCCUUCAUCCCUGAUGACACUAUCUUCGGAAGCUGGAUCCCUUGCGGAGGAGCAGUUGCGGCUUAGUUCACCGCAUCCGGACGGCGAGGCAAGCAGUGGUGUGCACCAUCAACGCGGGACAAGAGAUUCCGCGAGCAUGUGUACGGCUGGGAAUAUUGGGGCCUCGGUAGAGAGUAUGUUAUCACGCCCGGAGCAGGCGGAGACUGUGGGCGCACUGAGGAAGCUCAGCUCUAUAUCUACCAAUGUUGCAUCCUGGUUUCCGUACUACGGGCACCGGGAGUUGAGGGCGGGAGCUGGGGGUGCGAAUAUGGGAAUUCCCCCGAGGGACGUUGCCGAGGACCUUGUUGCUGGUAUUUCCUUUUUCUGUUCCUCAUCGGAGGACGCUCUGGCUGAUUGGAUGACAGAAUACUUUAAGACUGUUCACGUUUGGUUCCCCAUGUUCGAGCAGACACGGUUUGAAGAGGAUCUGAAUCGGUUCUACGAAGGGGAUAGAAAGCUCACCGAAGAUCGUGCGUGGCUGGUCUGCUUCAACAACGUGAUGUUGUUUGGAAUGUAUAAUAAGUGCACCUCACGAAAGGAUGUUGAUGCGACCAUGGGACAGGGUUUCUUCCUCAAUGCCUGGGCAGCGAUAGAUGACCUGGAGGUGUUCAUGGCACCAAGGUUGCGGAAUGUGCAGGCUCUCACUACUGGGGUGAGUAUGCUACCGCACUUGUUAUGUAGGCAUCCGUGUUAACCGGUUUCAGGCUGUGGUUGCGAUAGAGGUGUCCCGCCCGGGUCUCUGUUGGUCAUUGGUGUCCGGUGCUGCAAGGCUCGCAACAGCGAUUGGCCUGCACCGCCGCCCUCCGUCGCCCUGUCCGUUCUCCAAAGUAGAGUUAGAAGAGCGAAAGGCAAUUUUCUGGAACGUGUACAUCCUGGACAAGUGCCUAUCCUUAACGUUCGGACGAUCGACCAGCCUUCCAGACUUUGAUUGCGAUACCGAGCUGCCCGAGGGCGAUGGGAAGGCAGGAUACUUUCUGAACUUUAUCGCCUUGAUCAAAUUAGCCAAAAUCCAAAGCAACAUAUACAUGCGUUUGUACUCCGCGGCGGCAACACGACAGGAGACAGCGGAGAAGGAGAAAGCGAUAUUGGAAUUGGAUUUGGAACUGCGUGCCUGGUGGACUCAAUCUCGGGCGGUAUUUGACACCGCCGGAUCCUCGGACGGGGCGGUGAGCGAGAACGGACCGUCCGCGCCGUUAGCUAUCUUCUCGAGACUGGAGUUGAAAUUUAGCUACCUCUGCAGCCUCACCCUCGUCCACCGCAUGGCACGCCCAGACAUGGCAAUCUGGGCGAAAAGUGACAACCUCUGCCUAGAGAGCGCAAGAGACAGCAUCCGCAUCAUAAACGACGUUGUGGAAUGUAAUCUCGACGUGGCCAAUAGCGGAAUGAUAAUCUGGUACCCCCCCCACCUCCCCCUUUUGACCGUCCCCCACCCUGAUCUAAUUAUUAAUUGCACCAGGCUCUUCCAGUACUACCCCUUCACAUCCUUUUUCAUCCUAUUCUCCGCCGUGAUUAGAAAUCCCACCGCUGCGACAUCAAAAACCGUUGACUUCCAAUUGAUGAAGAGCCUGGUCUCCUACCUCUCCCGCAUGCAGGAAAAGUCCGAAGGCGCGGCAAAGUUGCUGCAGAUCGCUUCGGCAUUCACUCAUGUAGCGGGGACCUUUUUAAAAAACUACGGAAAGUUAGAGCUCGCGCGGGAACACGCAGGGAAGCGAAAGCGCACCUCGGCGAGGGAAGACAUACCCAGCAUCUCACCACCACACCAGUACCACCGCCACGGCGCAGGAGAAGAGGCCUGGCUGGAGCCCGGUGGCCGUGACAACACCCACGCCUUCCGCGAAGCUUUCGGGAAAGGUUUCUACGGCACAGCGGGCUUCCCAUCCGAGUCUGUCGAGCAGGUAUUUCCUGCCCCACCCCAGCCAUCACAACCCAUCCCUUCCCACUCGCGCUCGCACUCAAACUCAAACACCGAAUCCCCACCAUUGGGCCUGGAUGAUUUACCGACUGUGGACCUCCACGCCGCAAACUUCCUCCGCUGGCCCUCGACUGACGGAAUGAACUAUGAACCUGCUGCCACCCCCGCUGCGGCGCCGUAUCCGGACCAUGCAUUCUCCUCCGCGCCGGAGACUAGCGCUGCGCCUGCUGCGUUCGACUUGGACCUUGAAACGCUCAUGGCGGAGCCCGAGGGGUUUCAAUUGCAGAUGGAGCAGGCCGCUAUGAGGGGUCCGUUGGACUUUGACUGGUUUAGUUGGGAUGGGCAAUUUAGUUGA